AUGCACAUCGACCUCAAAACACACGUUCGGAGAAAAAUCGAGGAGGGCGUCGAUAUUGAGGUUCUUCCGAUAAAUCCACAUCCGUUUAACUACAUACAUAGUCCUCCAGAGUGCGAUUUCGAGGCAACAUCUGAUAGCUUCAAUUUAAUUAUUCUUGUUAAAUCGAGUGUCCAGCACUUCGCUCUUCGUGACGGUAUUAGGAAAACUUGGGGGAACGUGACGAGCUUCAGUAAUGUUCAGGUUGUGUUUCUCGUCGCUUUUAAACAAUCUGCACAAACAGACAUCGACAACGAAGCAGCGAGAUUCUCUGACAUCAUUCAAGAGAACUUCACUGACGCGUAUAAAAAUAACACUUUGAAGACUAUCAUGGGUUUCAAUUGGCCAGUGGAUAGGUGUUCUCAGGCAGAUGUUCUCUUUUUUGUAGACGACGAUCACAUUGUUCGUAUAACAAACGUUAUUGCAUACCUACGGACAUUUAACAAAAUUGAAAUGAAGAAACUAUAUGCAGGAUUUCGCAUCGAUAAACCGUCAGUAGACCGAAGAGACGGAUCCCCAUGGAGUAUGUCAAACUACGACUUCUCACACGUUUUGUGGCCAGCAUACCUGAGGGGUGGAGCGUUUAUCGUGUCGUCUGAAAUAGCACUGCGCUUCGUCAUCGCCUUUCCUUACGUGAAAUUAUUGUCAGUGGAUGAUUCCUACUUGGGUAUUGUUGCGGACAAGCUGGGCAUGUUGCCCCAGCACGAUCGCAGGUUCAAAAUGGACAAGGUAAACAUAACGGUAUGUCCGGACUAUUUUGUUUACAAUGACUACAAGGAUCCACAGGAAAUCAAGUCGGUCUGGAAAACGAUAUCUAAGGAGUAA